AUGGAAGAGGCAAAGGCAGAGGAGUCCCCCCCGAACGGCAGGGAAAACGCCGAGCCAGAAUACCACUACGAUUUGCUCAAAAGGCACAGCUCGGAAAUGAAAAAAGAUCUCCUGGAGUGGUAUUACAAAUAUAGGAGAAAACUACCCUGGCGGAAUGACCAACCACCGUACACGACCAGCGUUCAGGUGCAGGAGGGAAGCCCACAAGGCGAUAUAAGGAGCUACUUCUGCAAAGGGGGAGAUGCUCAAAUUAGCAGAAGUAGUGCCAAUAGAAAAGAUGGAACGAGAGUUAUUGCUAAGGGGAGGAAAAAGGACCAACAGGAGUUACCUCUCCGGGAGGUAAAACGAGUUAAGAAUGAAUGUGUGGAGAAGGAUCCACCUGUGGAGAAGGACCCACCUGUGGAGAAGAACCCACCUGAGGAGUGCAAAGGUCAGCCCAGCAAAGAGUUGGAGACUACCCACGCAGAAGUAAAACAAGAGGAUGGCUCAUUGCCCCCAAAUGAGAAACAACACUUAAGUGUUCGGGGGUACCAAAUAUACGUAAGCGAAAUAAUGCUUCAACAAACGAGGGUUCACACAGUGGUAAAUUUCUACCUUAAGUGGAUGAACAAAUGGGGCACCAUUUUCGAGCUAGCCAAAAGUAACUUGGAUGACGUUCUCAUAGUGUGGAAGGGGCUAGGGUACUACAACAGAGCGAAGAACCUACUCGACUGUUGCAAACAUGUGGUUGAAAAAUACGAUGGGGUGUUUCCAAACGAUUUAAAGUUACUCAAAGAGUUGCCAGGAAUAGGAGAUUACACGUCCAAGGCGAUCUGCAUACAUCUGUACAACAGGAAAGACAUAUGCAUCGACACAAAUGUUAUUAGGAUUUUUUCUAGAAUUACGGACACGAUUAAUUAUAGCGGCUCCACCGUUUUAACGAAGCACUGUGAACGGGUGAGCCACGUUUUGUGCGCGGAUGACUCCAAUUAUUCUGACCUCAGCCAGGCUUUAAUGGACUUGGGGUCCAGCAUUUGUAAUGGUUCCCCCCAGUGUGCGCAGUGCCCCCUGAACAAGCAUUGCCUCAUCUAUUUGAAGAAGAAGAAUAAUAAUAACAAUAAUAGUAAGAAAAGGGACAGUUCGUUUUAUUUGACCCACCCCGAUGGAUGCAAGCUGUGCGUCCAAGACAGAAACGUCGAAAUUAAGUGUGUUCCCCUGAUGAAGAAAAAGAAGAAAACGGAAAAAAUAUGCCUCGUUCUGCUGGCAAAGAGGAGUGGCCCUCCAAAGGGGGAGACAACAAGUAUAACAAGCAAGAAAAGAGGAGAAGAACACCUGGAGGAUGACUACUACUUGAUGAUAAAGAACACAAACUCGAAUUUGUUUUCAAUGCAUUAUUUGUUUCCCCUUUUGCUCCUGGACCAGUUUGAUAAAAAACUUGCGCACACGCAUUUAAAUGGGUUGCUGAGCAGCCUAAAUUUGAGCAACACCCUGGAGGAUUCCUUCACCUACGACUUCACGCACAACAGCUUUUGUCAAAACAUAAUAGACCACUACAGAAAAAGCGUGACUGUGUCUAGGACGUAUCUCUCAGAAUUUUGCCUCUAGACAGACACGGGGCUAUGGGAGAGGAACCGGUUGCGUAUUUUUGCAUUUCCCUCGAGUGCUACGGGGGAGGGCGGUAAAAUUGGCCCCACAUCGUAUGCACGGGGGGAUUCUCCAUCGAGCGCUCAUUUGUGAGUCGUGGCGCUACGGCAUUUCUCGGUCCAUCUGCCG